AUGACCGAGGAGAUGAAGCCAGAGAGUGUGGCACUGCAUCAUCUGGGCGCUGCAGCUGCCCUUGAUCCAGAACUGCUGUGUAUCUUUGGAACAGGGGACUUAGGGCGCUCUUUAGGUCAGCGUCUGCUCCAGUCUGGCUACAAGGUGGUGUACGGCAGCCGCAGGCCGCACAGCUGUGGCCCUGUACCUCAGGGAGCUCAGGUGAUGAGCCACGCAGCUGCAGCCAGGUCAGCCAGUUUAAUCUUUAUUUGUGUUCACAGAGAACACUAUGACUUCAUUGAGAUGAUGGCACCGCAUCUUGAGGGAAAGGUUCUGGUAGACCUCAGUAACAACCUGAAGAAAGACAUGUACCCAGAGGCAAAUGCCGUCUAUCUGCAGAGACUAGUCCCUGGAGCUGAGGUGGUGAAAGGUCUUAACACGCUGUCUGCCUGGGCUUUGCAAAAUGGACUUCUGGCAGGAAAACAGGUGUUCCUGUGUGGCAACAGUGCAAAAGCAAAGCAUGCGGUUGCAGAGAUGGCCACCAAGCUGGGCCUCACUGUUCUGGACAGGGGCUCUCUGUCUGCAGCCAGAGAGCUGGAGGACUUCCCCCUGCAGCUGUUUCCACAGUGGAGGCUGCCGCUAUGCGUGGCCCUGGGCCUCACCGCCUUCUUCUACUUCUAUCUACUCAUUAGAGAUGUCCUCUAUGCGUACUUUGAAGACGGGAAAGACAUCUCCUUCAGGAUAAUGGUGUCCCUGGCAAACAAGGUAUUUCCCAUCGUGUCGCUCAUCAUGUUAUCUCUGUGUUAUCUGCCUGGUGUUAUAGCUGCCUUCAUUCAGCUCUACAGAGGAACCAAGUACAGCCGCUUCCCUGAUUGGCUUGACCGCUGGAUGCUGUGUAGGAAGCAAAUAGGCUUGAUUGCGCUAGGCUUUGCUCUUCUCCAUGCCAUCUACACAUUCAUCAUUCCCAUCCGUUAUGCUGUCAGACACAAACUCAUCUCCCGUGUGGUGGAUGAGAUGAAGAACAAUAAAACAACACCGUUUAAUUUUGAUAAUACUGAGGCAUGGGCCACAGAUUCUUUCUAUGUGCUGGGCAUCCUUGGUUUUUUUCUCUAUGUCCUGCUAGGACUAACAUCCCUGCCCUCUGUGGGAGGCUCUCUUAGCUGGAGAGAGUUCAACUUUGUUCAGUCUAAGCUGGGUCAUCUGACGCUGACUAUAUGCACAGCACAUGGCUACAUUUACGGGUGGAACAAAUUUCUUCGUCCUUCCACCUACAAAUGGUACACUCCUCCGGGCUACAUGCUCUGUUUGGUGGUGCCUUCUAUAGUGCUGGUGCUCAAGAUGCUGCUCCUCCUGCCUUGUGUUGACAACACCCUCACUCGAAUCCGACAAGGCUGGGAGAGGACCCGGCUGAGGGAGGAGGAGGGUGAGAUUAAGGCCACCAACCUCUGA